AUGGCCGUACUGGAGAGCACUGCAGUCGCCCGCGACGCCAAACCCGCCCAGCUCGCCUCGUCUCCCCUCGCCCGGGUGAUGCGCGAGUUCGAGGAGCUCGUCCAGGGCUUCGAGAUGGGGCUGCUGCGCUCGCUCGAGGACCCCGCCGCCAACGACGACGUGAGCACACCCAAGAGCACCGCCCGGCGCGACGAGAUCCGGCGCGAGGCCUGCCGGCUGGCCAUCUCGGACCUCAGCAACCAGUACACACCCAAGUACAUCCGCCGGUCGCUCGACGCCGCCGAACUCGAGGGCAAGCGCGUCGAGGACCAGCUGCAGAGCCUCUCGCUCAGCGGCCGCGCUGCCGACGACGAGAGCGACCUGGGCAGCCUGCACAAUGGCUACUUCCGCCUCUACUCCACCGAGCUCUUCGACCUGCUCGGCCAGCCCACGGAGCUGCGCUUCGGCACCCUGCGCUUCCACAAAGACACGCUGAGCCUGCCCGAGACCCCCUCGCCGCCCCACGUCACCGUCGAACUCGCCCUCAACGACGCCUUCUUCGUCGCCGACUCGGAGGAGACGCUGCCCUACCACACGUUCCGCCUGCCCACCACACCCUCGUUACAGAACCGCGGCAUACGCAGCCGGAAGUUUGACGACGACGGCACCUUCCCCGAAUACGACUCGUGGCUACUCUUCACCUUCCUCGGCAACGGUUGCAUCAAGCUCGAGGUGCCCAUCGAGAUGUGCGCAGACGUCUACGGCGGCUGUCUGCGGGGCCGGGAGAACGAGGAAGUGCUCUUCUGGGGUUUCUUUGUUGACGAUGACGAGUAG